UUCAUAAGCUAAGUACAAAAAAAACUCAUCAACUUGUUUAGAGAAGAACACUCCUCUAUAGCUAUAUACUAAGAGUGGUCACACACUCCACAAAUUCUUCAACGAACUUCCAAAAAACGUGGGCGCCUUCGCUCUCUUCGAUCCCGUUGCUCUCUUUUCAAACCCUAGUACAUUAGACUUUGGCCUACUACAAAAAAUAACUGCAUGCGCCUUUAACUAAAUAAGUGGCCAACUUGUUUACUUCAAUUUACUUCCUAUAUAUAUUAUAUAUAUAAAUACUACUAUAUACACACUCAUCAUCAAUUCAUCAUGGAUUAUUAUUCUUCUUGCGGUAGAUACUUUGUCGUAGUUUUCGUUACCACUUUAUGCUUUUUGGCUCUUUCGGUUCAAUGUAGGCCUUUUGAGUAUUCGGAAUUUCGCGUACUAUCUCAAAUAUCGGCUUCCCCUUCUCCUGCGCCGGAGGGUUCGGAUUCUUUUAGUCCGAGUUCACGUGAAAAUUCUUCGGCUGCGGUUUUUAGUGUGAUGUCUUAUGGUGCUGUGGGAGAUGGUGUUUCUGACGACACGCAGGCGUUUAAAACGGCUUGGGAUAAUGCUUGCCAGUCCGAUGAGUCGGCUGUUAUUCUUGUUCCUAAGCACUACACUUUCAUGAUCCAGUCUGCGAUUUUUACUGGACCCUGUAAAAAUGGACUUGUUUUUCAGAUCGAAGGAAGUAUGAUGCCGCCAGACGGGCCGAAUUCGUGGCCGAAAAAUUUCAGCAAGAGGCAGUGGCUAGUGUUCUAUAGGAUCAAUGGAAUGACAAUGCAAGGAGGUGGCUUAAUUGAUGGAAGAGGUCAAAAAUGGUGGGAUCUCCCUUGCAAACCUCACAAAGUCAAAAAUGGAACCAUUCCACCUGGUCCUUGUGACAGUCCAGUUGCUCUAAGGUUUUUCUGGAGCUCUAAAUUAAUUGUGAAAGGGCUUAAAAUCAAGAACAGCCCGCAAUUCCAUUUCCGGUUCGACAGCUGUCACGACGUCCACAUAGAUUCGCUGUACGUGAAAUCGCCAUCUGGCAGUCCGAAUACCGAUGGAAUCCACAUCGAAAAUAGCAAUGAUGUGCAAAUAUAUAACUCAGUCAUUUCUAAUGGUGAUGACUGUGUAUCCAUUGGGGCUGGUUCCUAUAAUGUAGAUAUAAGGAACAUCACUUGUGGUCCUAGUCAUGGAAUAAGCAUCGGUAGCCUAGGAAUCAAGAACUCGCGCGCAUGCGUAUCAAACAUCACCGUAAGAGACUCGGUCAUCAAGCACUCGGACAACGGUGUGAGAAUCAAGACAUGGCAAGGUGGAUACGGUUCCGUAUCAAAAAUCACGUUCGACAACAUCCACAUGGACACGGUCCGAAACCCUAUAAUGAUCGACCAAUACUACUGCAGCAACAAGGCGUGCUUGAAUCAAUCCUCGGCGGUGUACGUUAACGACAUUUCUUACACGAACAUCAAAGGCACGUACGAUGUGAGAAGCCCUCCGAUGCACUUAGCCUGCAGUGAUGCAGUUCCGUGCACGAACCUCACGCUUUACGAUGUGGAGUUGUUGCCUUCUCUAGGGCAGAGAAUAUUGGACCCUUUUUGUUGGAACGCGUAUGGUGAUAUUAAGGCCGUCACGGUUCCGCCGGUUUUUUGCUUGAUGGAGGGGUUUCCUCAGGCGUUGCUUAGUAGCGAUGUCGAUCAAUGUUAGGGUUUGUUGUGAUAAUUAAAUGUAAGUGUAUCUUUUUUUAUGAUCAUAGUAGUUAUAUCUAUAGUUUGCAUUAUUGUACUUAAUUGUGGGGGAAAAAGUUAAUGUUGUUAUGGGGCAACACAAUUAAUGUAUUGUUGCUUGAACUUCCCAUUGCAAUUUUUCUUGUGUUUUUUUGGGCAAGAUUGUACCUUUUUUAUUGAUAGUAGUAUAGUGACGGAGCCAGCAUAGGGUUAUGAUGGCUCAUUGCCACUAAUGUUUUUCAAAUAUUUAAUAUUUUAUACAAAAAAAAA